GCGCUGCCGGAGAGUGCUGGCUCCUGAACGUCAAGCUAGGGGGAAAAGACCGAAUAAAAGGAAACAGUGGCAACGAGCCUGUAAUGACCACUAAACCCACGGAGGAACCUAGAGCCGCCGCCAUUGGAUAUUUCGCCUCUUUUCUCCUUAUUCUCAUGCGUUCGUCGCUGUGGAUUAUUCUGUUUUACACCGUGGCGGACGGAAUGGAUAAGGCCAUGGCCCUAACAUAUUAAAUAGCUCGCUGGUGGUGGUGGGGAGGCGAGACGCGCACAGUGAAGACAAUUCAUGGGGCAUUGUGUGGGGAGAAAAAUGGUGGAUUAUUUGCACAGUACCAUGAAAAACUUACGUCUUCUGGAUAUCCUGCCAUAAGACGCUAUUAGGUGGCGUUUCUGCGCCUGUGUCGGCCGCGUCUGCAGUAACUGAGGUCGUUUUAAAAGCUGUCGGUAGGUAGGUACCCCCCUCGGCUCGAUCCCAACGACCUUAUCCAUUUCUGAUUUCUAUAUAGGCUUACGUGAAGGAUUCUUGUAUCACUGCAACGCGUUCACCUCCCCUGUCUCAGAGUAACAUUUGGAAACAGUGACCCGUUGGAUUACUGAACCAUGGAUUUCAACGGCAGCAGCGGCGUUGGGAGCAACGAGCUUCACAACAACCAGUUUUAUCAGUGCGAGGAGAACAAGCCUCUGCUAGGGGAAAUGUCGGAGGGGAAUAAUAACACCAAACUGGGCGCAGGGCCGUGCAAGAGGUCCCUCCACCACUGCAGCAGCAGCGGCAUGCGAUACAAGCUUCUCCACGAGGGGGACAUCCAGGUGUGCGUGGUCAAGCACCCCCGCACCUUCCUCAGCAAGAUCCUCACCUCCAAGUUCCUGCGGAGAUGGGAGCCGCACCACCUCACACUCACGGACAGCAGCCUGAUCUCAGCCACCCCCACUGGUUACAUGGAGACGUCAUUGUCCUACAGCUCCAUAGAAGACCUGCAGCUCCUCUCAUGGGACAAUGCUCCAAAGUACUGUGUGCAGCUCAGCUUUCCCGGUGGCACCAUCCUGCUGCAGGCUGCAAACAGCUACUUAAGGGACCAGUGGUUUCACUCCCUACAGUGGAAGAAAAAGAUCUACAAGUACCGUAAGGUCCUGAACAACCCGAGUCGCUGGGACGUGGUGCUGAAGGAGAUCAGAACACUGGUGGACAUGGCUCUGACCUCACCGCUGCAGGACGAUUCCAUCCACCAGGCUCCGCUGCACAUCAUCUCCACCCUGCUGGCUGAGAACUCUAACCUAAGCACUCAGGAUCAUGAGAGCAUCAUUGUGGCCAUUGCCCCUCUUCUGGAAAACAACCAUCCACCACCUGACUUGUGUGAGUUCUUCUGUAAGCACUGCCGGGAGCGGCCGAGAUCGAUGGUGGUGAUUGAGGUGUUCACUCCUGUCGUCCAGAGAAUUCUCAAACACAACAUGGAUUUUGGGAAGUGCCCUCGACUGCGUCUCUUCACUCAGGAGUACAUCCUGGCUCUCAAUGAGCUGAAUGCUGGGAUGGAGGUGGUCAAGAAGUUUGUCCACAGCAUGCAUGGGCCAACCGGUCAGUGCCCUCACCCUCGCGUCCUGCCAAAUUUAGUAGCAGUGUGUCUGGCUGCCAUUUAUUCCUGUUAUGAGGAGUUCAUCAACAGUCGGGACAACUCCCCCAGCCUGAAGGAGAUCAGAAAUGGUUGCCAGCAGCUGAAUGAUCGCAAACCCCCUAUGCCGCUCUGCCUGCUGCGCCCCGAGCCUCCGACGCCACCUACUGCCACCCUCCUCCCCCUCUCCACCAACUCCAGCCUUCCUCAGCUGCCUACUCCCCAAAACCCCAUCCCACCCAUCCCCAUCUCCUCCCCGAUGCCCUCCCUGCCUCUCUCCCCUCCUCCUUCUGUCGUCAAUUCCAGCGAGAUCCUGGUGGAGCUGGAGCGGAACAACAACUCAGCCAACACCAGGCUCAAGGGCGGGCCGAUAGGGAGCGACAGCGAACCCAACCUCAUCGACUGCCUGCUGGUCAGCCCAGCCCUCAACACCCUGUCCAUUCAGCUGCCUGCACAGGCCGACCGAGUGCUGGGCUGCUUUGCACUCAUCCUCAAGAUGCUGUCAGACUACGAUGACUGGAGACCGGCUCUGGCCAGCCUGCUGCAGCCCAUCCCCUUCCCUAAAGAGGCUCUUGCGCAUGCCAAAUUCACAAAGGAACUGAAAUAUGUCAUUCAGAGAUUUGCGGAGGAUCCGAGGCAGGAGGUCCACUCUUGCUUGCUCAGUGUGCGUUCAGGUAAAGAUGGCUGGUUUCAACUCUACAGUCCAGGAGGUGUGGCCUGUGAUGAUGAUGGAGAGCUGUUUGCCAGUAUGGUUCAUAUUCUGAUGGGCUCCUGCUAUAAGACCAAGAAGUUCCUGCUCUCUCUGGCUGAGAACAAGCUGGGCCCCUGCAUGCUGCUGGCCCUGCGUGGAAACCAAACCAUGGUGGAGAUCCUGUGUCUGAUGCUGGAGUACAAUAUCAUUGACAACAAAGACACCCAGCUGCAGAUCAUCUCCACCCUGGAGAGCACCCACGUGGGCCUGCGCAUGUACGAGCAGCUCUGCGACCGACAGAGAGAGCUCAAAGAAUUGCAAAGAAAAGGAGGCCCCACCCGAUUGACUCUGCCCUCAAAGUCCACGGAUGCAGACCUGGCCCGCCUGUUGAGUUCAGGUUCCUUUGGGAAUUUGGAGAACCUGAGCCUGGCCUUCACCAACGUCACCAGUGCCUGUGCCGAGCAGCUCAUCAAGCUGCCUUCACUCAAACAGCUCAACCUCUGGUCCACUCAGUUUGGAGAUGCGGGGCUGAGGUUGUUAUCUGAGCAUCUGGCCUGUCUUCAGGUUUUGAACCUGUGUGAGACUCCUGUCACUGAUGCUGGUCUGCUGGCUCUCAGUUCCAUGAAGAGUCUGUGCAGUCUGAAUAUGAACAGCACCAAGCUCACAGCAGACACGUAUGAGGACCUCAAGGCCAAACUGCCAAACCUGAAAGACGUUGAUGUGCGGUACACAGAGGCCUGGUGAUCAACCUCACCAGACACAUGUAGAAACAUGUGCACACACUGCACACAAGCUCAGAUGUGUAACAUGAAAAUUGUGUGGAGACAUCCAUCUCCACCGUUGCCAUCAUUAGACCAGGAACUCUUGACAUCAUCCCAGCAUGACGAUCACUGAACACAAGAUCUCUGACACGUUGUUCAGCUAGUGUCAGAGUCGCUUUUUUCUAAACGAGAAAUUUUCACGGACCUUAUUGCUUCCUUUACUUCUGUCGCCAAUGUUCCAAGGACCUUGUUUUACAGCAUAAUCAGGACAUGCAAGGACAUGUUGUGACUAUACUGGGACUCUGCUUUCUCUGCUCUGUCUUUCACAUAUGGCCUCUCAGUUUUCAUGUUUAG